AUGAAGUUCCCAACCCCGCACCGAGUGGGACUGUCUCUGCGGGGACUACGCAUUAAAGGGAGGCACACCACUUUGAACGGUUACAACUGCCAUAGCAUCGUUUGUUAUGAACGCCCGUGGGUAGUAUCGCACCUGUGUGGGUCAAGCAAACUCUUUUCCAACUGCAAUUCGACUGAUAAGAGGGGGUCCCCAUUAUUGUCCACCUUUCUGAACGAGCAGGAGUUGCAGGCAGUACGGAGCAAGCGAAUCACCUUUUGCAGCAAUUUUGAGGAGAGGGUGAACGUUGUGUUGAAGCCGGUGGAGGGGAGCAGUGAUCCCUCCACUGGGGAGUCUACCUCGGGAGAAUCUACUUCUGAUGUGCCUACCACAGAUGGUGGUACCUCCAACGGGCACAGCCCAACGCAGUUUCUCCCCCUCGAGAGGUACCACCAAUUGGCAAAGCACAAACACAGUUAUGUGUACGACUUCGAGAUCACCAACAUUGGGAAGCUGAGCCAGUAUGAGCCCGGCGAACUAGUGAACGUAUACUUCCACAGUGGGGAGGAACUGGGCAUAGGAAUUGUGAACAGAAAGAGUAACCUAGUUAUUCGAAUUAUCGACAGAGAUAUCCGAAGAAGAAUCAACGAUCAUUUUUUUCUGACCAAGUUGUAUGAGAGUGUGAAGAGGAGAUUUCAUUACCUGUACAGAGAUGUACAUCUGUGCAAAUGGAUGUAUUCUUUACGGGUUCGAAACGGGAUCAAGGUGUACUGCAAAAUGGUUAGCUCGACCAGUGAUGGGUUGCCAGGAUUAGUCGUCUACUUCCUCGGGAAGGACAUCUACAUUAGGUAUGAUAAUUUAGCUAUACAAAAAUUCAGGUGCAUUAUUGAGAAGGAACUAGACGCCAUAUUCUCUCCGCAAAAUAUUUUCUGUAAAAGGAUUGUGAGCAAAAAGGAGAAGAGAGCUCAGCAGGGAAAAGAAUACACCUUCGAAACGGUUAAGGGAAACCCUUCCGACAUUCAACACUGUGAAAAUGGACUUACCUUUCAUAACAGCUUGUCGGAUACCAUGUAUGUCCCUUUUCAUGUGGAGAACAAACGGGAUCGACUUUUCUUGCGCUCCAUCUGUGACGGUGCAAACAUUUUAUGUGUCAAUGGGAACGUCGGAGAGUACAUCAUUAGCUGUGCAUCUGUUGCGGAGGCGGAUACCAAUUCGAAGGACGCACCCGGUGUAUCCAUCCUCCUGUCCGAAUGUGCCAAGAAUGCAAAUUACGUCGACGAGAAUAUAAAGCGAAACGGCUGCGGGCAGGUUAUGUGCCUCUACCGGGAAGACAUCCUGGACGAACUCAAUAACAUGCAUAUGAACAACCUCAGAUUCGAGUUAAUCAUUUUUAACAUAAAAAGUAACGUUGUUUUUAGAAGCAGCUCCUACACGAGCCUCUACGGGAAGAGGUACACAGCCUCCUUCAAGGGGGUGCACAAACAUUUGGCUUGCCUCUCGGACCUGCUGCAGGAGGGUGGUCUCCUCUUCGUGACGGCCGAACUGUCGGCACGGGACUACCACCAAUUCCUAAACAUUGUGAAGUGUGUAUUUGAGCGCAGGAAGCGCAGUCUCUCCAUUGUGUACGAAAAUGCCUGCAGUGUGGAGGAUAGCAUUCUCUGCAACGACCAAACGACCUGGUACCUGCGAUCCGUGUGUUUUAGACUUGGAUGUCCCUAA